AUGCAGGGCCCAGUGGAGUCCUCCAGCAAGGAGAACCUGCUGGAAGAGCAGAGCACACCAGACUCUGAACGAGAGUUUGAGGAGCUCCCACGUCUCCCAUCAGAGACGCGUGAGGCGUACCAACAGUGCAAGCGGACUUAUAUCUGCUGGCUCAAACAACAAAAAGACAAUGGGCUGGAAAUACCCAAACCUGCCAAGAAUCGACAAUCCAGUGAACAUCCAGAGGACUCGCAUGUGCAGGAGGACGUACUUUCUCAUCACAGCAAGUCUCCAAAUAUCCGUUUUCGUGAAGCAAAAUUGCUUCACGGAAAUGAGGCACUUGAACCUGAAGAGGCACAGAGCUAUGUUUCAGAGGCUCAAUAUGGAAGAUUCUUGAAAUAUGACAUGUAUCAGAGAUACGCCAAUGCUGCCGGGCCUUCUCAACGUGACAGCAGCGAGGAGGACAACAGUGACAGUCAAAGUCCUCAGCAAACUAACCAGGCCCAUUCCUCAAUGAAUAAUGCACCGACAGGUGCACAAGGACCUCCGUUUCACCCGAGAGCACACUUCAUGAUGUUCCAUGGUGGCUACCUGAACGUGGGCACCUGA